CUCUCUUCAUGGCUUUAUACCUCUUUCAUGAAGGCAUUAGACGGUACUACCUUGCGACGGGCUCCUCCUGCAAACUUAGAUAUUACACCGGUUCUACAUCACUUUCGCCGCCUUGGCCCCAAUGUUCAUCUUUCACCAGCUCAAUUAACUGCCAAGAUUUGUUGGCUGUUGGCCGUUUGUGGUUUCAUGCGCCCUUCGGACAUCGAACGCACGGAUUUGGACGGUUGUCUCAUCGACGAAGCUUCCGGUAAACUCACGCUCACCGUUGUGUGUCCCAAAGAACGUCGCCAAGGCCAGCGCAUCACCAAAACCAUCAGCAUCGAUUCGCACGAGGAGCCUCUUUUCUGCCUAGUGGCCGCUUUUGCAGUAUACAAGACACGCUUUGCGUCACAGCCAUGUCAUGCUCCCCAUCCUGUCUUAUCCGCACACAACAUCAACUUCUUUAUCCGUGAUCUGCGCAAUACUUCUCAACACAUCGGUUCACAACGAAUUGGCAAGCACAUCAAUUUCAUUAUGGCUCUUAUCCCAGUCCCCCCUGGCGGACGGCGUACACGGGCUCGGGUCCUUGGCUCUACACGAGCCGCACGGGCGGGCGCUGCAGUAGACGAUAUAGUCGCCCAUAGUUCUUGGUCGUCACAUCAGAUGUUCGAUUUGAUUUACUGGGUUUCACGCGAGACGCGUUCCAAUUUCUCGUCCUUGGCC